AUGAAGAGAACCUUCGGUAUGUUGCGGAGUGGCGCUACAGCCGUGAAGGCGAGGGGACAUCUUUGUCAACUACAUCUUUUACGGGAUGUCUUUUGUACAUUAUCCAGCAUGGCUCUGAGGACUGCGCAAGGGAGGCGGCGCUCUGCGUAAAAAACCUGUGUGGUCACGCCAAGGCUCUGGAGUCAUUGCUGCAACAGGAUGCAGUGGAGUUAAUUGGUGGCCUUGCAGAGCGUGGCUCCUCUGACUCCGUACGUCGAGCGGCAACAAUGACGUUGCACUCUCUGGCGCGAGCUCAAAGGCGAUAG